GGCUCCUUCGACCUGCGGCGCUUCCUGACGCAGCCGCAGGUGGCGGUCCGCGCCGUGUGCCUGGUCUUCGCCCUGAUCGUGUUCUCCUGCAUCUUCGGUGAGGGCUACAGCAACACCCACGAGUCCCAACAGCAGUACUGCGUGUUCAACCGCAACGAGGAUGCCUGCCGCUACGGCAGCGCCGUUGGGGUGCUGGCCUUCCUGGCCUCCGCCUGCUUCUCCGUGGUCGACGUCUGCUUCCCCCGUAUCAGCAACGCCACUGACCGCAAGCUCCUGGUCAUCGGCGACCUGCUCUUCUCAGCUCUCUGGACCUUCCUGUGGUUCGCUGGCUUCUGCUUCCUUACCAACCAGUGGGCUGCCACCAAGCUGGAAGAUGUGCGGGUGGGAGCCGACUCGGCCCGGGCGGCCAUCACCUUCAGCUUCUUCUCCAUCUUCUCCUGGGGCGUGCUGGCCUCCCUGGCCUACCAGCGCUACAAGGCCGGAGUGGACGACUCCAUCCAGAACUACGUGGACCCUACUCCGGACCCCGGCGGGCCUCCGGGCAGCUACCAGCAGCCGCCCUCCACCCAGAACGCCGAGACCGCCGAGGGCUUCCAGCCGCCUCCCGCGCACUGAGCUGCAGCUGGGGCUGGUAAGGCGAGCAGCGAGGGCGCCUGGGGGGCCUCCCUUCCUCCCGGACUCCUCCCCGGAGGCUUGACCCCGGAGCUGCGGGCCCCCGUCGUCCGGCCUGUCGGAGCUCCCGUCUCGCCAGCCCCGGCCGCCCAGAGCCUCUCGGCCUGACCUGACUGUGCCCCAAGGGCUCUUCAAGAGCAAUUUUUAGGAAAGGGUUUUCAGUUAGACGUGUUCUGUCAUUACUUUUAAUGAUGCCCAGCCCCGCCUGGAGUAGCUUGAAGUGCUUAACACGCUGUUUGACGAGUGCCUUAGCUUCUCCCCCGCCCAAAGGCGCCGGGCCCGGGCCCAGGCCCAGGCCUCAGGGCCGUUCCCUGCCAAAGACCAGGUGGGACCUUCCCCCUGCUCUGCUGCCGGCGCUGGGCUGGGGCUCCUUUCCUCCUCGCUCAGGUUCCUUCCUGCCGUCUGUGCCCCCAGCCCCGUGCCUGCUCUGGAAGCCUGCAGCCCCGUGUUCACUGCUGUGGUGUCAGCUUGCUCUUGAUUCUGGGGUCACGACCCUGUGCCAGUGCCUCUGAGCCACCCUCCUGACAGCUGAGGGGCAGGGCCGGUGCCCGCCGCAGGGGGCUGGGGCCGCACUUCCCUGUCCCUGCUCCCAGCCCUUGGCUGCAGGGAGGGGCUUUGCCUGACCAGAACACCCAGCUUUAUGCAAAUAUCCUGUUGUCAGUUAGGUGUGGGGCGCACCCCACGGCCCCUAGACGGUCCUGAAUGUAUUACAAAGCCUUGGGGGAGGACGCACAGCAGCCUCGGAUUCUGUUAGACUAAUUUUGGAGAUGGAAUAAAUGUUUUCCUCAUUCAUUAAAAAAAAAA